GAAGCGCAGCUGGGACUGACACGUGGACUUGGGCGGCGCUGCCCAAAGGCCCCCGCGGCUCGGAACCGGAGGCAGGCUGGCAAUAGUCAGGACCCUGAUGCAGCCCCCGCAUGAGGCCCGCAGGGACAUGGCUGAGGAGGCCCACUGGUCCAGGCCAGACUGCCACGUGUGGACAGGGACCCUGCUGCUGGGCACCUGCUUGCUGUAUUGUGCGCGUUGCAGCCUGCCCAUCUGCGCGGCUGCCAUGAGUCAGGACUUCGGCUGGAACAAGAAGGAAGCUGGCCUUGCCCUCAGCAGCUUCUUCUGGGGCUACUGCUUCACUCAGGUCGUGGGCGGCCACCUCGGAGACCGCUUCGGGGGCGAGAGGGUCAUCGUGCUGUCGGCCUCCGCCUGGGGCUGCCUCACGGCCGCCACACCACUGCUCACCAGCCUGGGCAGCACCCACCUGCUCUUCCUGAGCUGCUCUCGGGCCCUCACGGGCCUGCUCCAAGGGGUCCACUUCCCGGCGCUGAGCAGUCUGCUGGCCCAGAAGGUGCGCGAGAGCGAGCGGGCCUUGGCUUACAGCACUGUGGGUUCUGGCACCCAGUGCGGGACACUGGUCACUGGCGCCGUGGGCUCCCUGUUGCUGGACUGCUGUGGAUGGCAAAGCGUCUUCUACUUCUCGGGCGGCCUCACCUUGCUCUGGGCAGGCUGCGUGUACAGGCACCUGCUGAAUGGAGCAGACCACAGCCUGGCCCCUGGGCUCCUGUUGCGAGGCCCACCCUCCGCUCGACCAGCCCGGGUGCCCUGGAGACUGCUCUUCCGGAGGCCAUCUGUGUGGGCCGUUGUCUUUUCCCAGCUCUCCUCAGCAUGCUCCUACUUCACCCUCCUCUCCUGGCUACCCGCCUUCUUCCAGGAGACCUUCCCCCAUGCCCAGGGCUGGAUCUUCAAUGUGGUGCCCUGGCUCGUGGCCAUCCCCAUUGGGCUGCUCGGUGGUCUACUUGCUGAUCACCUCAUCAGCCAAGGUUACAGAACCAUCACAGUGCGGAAACUCAUGCAGGUGUUGGGUCUCGGCCUGUCCAGCGUCUGUGGGCUAGGUGUGGGACACAGCCGCAGCUUCUUCUCCUCUGUGGCCUUUGCCACAGCCUCGAUUGGCCUGCAGACCUUCAACCAUAGCGGCAUCUCAGUGAACGUCCAGGACCUGGCCCCGUCCUAUGCCGGCUUUCUCUUCGGUGUGGCCAACACAGCUGGGGCCCUGGCAGGUGUGCUGGGCGUGUAUGUGAGCGGAUACCUGAUUGAGAGCACGGGCUCCUGGGCCAGCCUCUUCCACCUGGGGGCGGCAGUCAACGCCCUGGGCUUGUGCAGCUUCCUGGCCUUCGGACAAGCCCAUAGGAUUGACCUGGGCCCUUCCUGGCAAGACUUGUAGCCCCGUGCCUCCAGGGCCCUCCCAGAGACUUGGCGGCAAAGGCUCCCCCAGAAGAGCCAAGGCGGAUGUGGAAGCCCAAACUGGCCUUGCCUGUGCCUCAGUCUCCCCACCUGUAGUGGCCCCACCCUUCUUGCAAGACUGGCAUGACCACGGGGCCUGAGUGGGCACUACUGCUGCUGGACACCCAGGCAGCUCUUCCUGGCUGCUGGCCUGAGGAACUACCCCCGACCCCAGGCCAGAGGGUAGCCAGUGGCUGCAGGGACCCCAACCCCAUCCUGUGAAUUUCCCCUCCCCCGCCAGCAGCUGUGUCCUGAGCAGACCUGGACACCCCUCCGGCACCUAUGGGGGGCCUUGGCUCUGCACCCCUCCCCUGGCAUCGUCUGCACUGUCGCUCACACCAAGAAGCCGUUGGCCUCAUGGAUGGGCAGCGGGCACUGCCAGGGCACUGCAGGGAGCCUUGCUUAGUGGCGGCUACUGCUCCAUUGUUGAGGAAAGAGGGUGCAUUGGGCUAACCCUCGUGCACUCAGUGGUUAAUGAAGGGCCUGAGUUCAAGUCCCAGCUCCUGCACUCAGGACCCAGUCCUUGCUCUCACGUGUCCUGGGGCUCAGUGGGUGAUGGCUCGAGCGCUUGGGCCCCUGCACCUACGUGGGAGGCCCAGAAGGAGCUCCAGGCUCCUGGCUUUAGCCUGAGCCCAGCCCUGAUGGGUGUGAGGUUUCUUUUCCCUGCUUUGCAAAUCAAUGAAGAAGUCUGCUAAGAUGGGUACUUGUGGAAGACUUCAUGUGGCGCACUCAGGAAGCCAGCCAGGGUCCAGCCAGGGGCAGGGAGGGCGGGGAGGGGCCCCCAGGGGGCUUGCUGUCCAUUCUCCAUGGAACUUUCCAGAGCGGGCAACCGUGGUG